AUGAAAGUGAAAUGUGAUACACAUCGCCAACCCAUCCAACAGGUGCAGCUUAUUAUCCGGAUUGAAACAACACUUUCUGCUUUUCGUGCAGCGAAGGUUUCUAUUUAUCGAAGAAUUAAUGCGCUUCCUUGGUGGUAUGGAAAAGAUUUUGAACUGAAAGAAAUGGAUGAGCAGAAUAAGGAUGCAGGAAUGCGAGGUUGUCUGCUGCUAACUUGA